CCAUCGACACACCCUCAGAGCAAGAGUUCCUUUUUUUUAUUUCGAAUGCAACCGAUACAGUCAACAAUCGAACAAUAUUUAUCGUAUUGUAAUAUUACGAUUUAUUUUAAUAUUAAUAAAGAAUUGAGGUAUUGUCAGGGAAGUGAAUCAACGUCAAAUUUUAGGUGUAAUUUGUAACAAAGUGAAAGUUUAGUACACACAAUGAGUGAACAACAGAUGGACUGUGCACUCGAUUUAAUGAGGCGUUUGCCACCUCAGCAGAUUGAGAAAAAUCUGAGUGACCUCAUUGAUCUUGUACCAUCGCUGUGCGAGGAUCUUUUGUCUUCAGUCGAUCAGCCACUCAAAAUAGCCAAGGACAAGGAGUCUGGGAAGGAUUACUUACUCUGCGAUUAUAACAGGGACGGUGAUUCAUACAGAUCUCCAUGGAGCAACACGUACGACCCUCCCCUGGAGGACGGGUCAAUGCCCUCCGAAAGACUGAGAAAAAUCGAGAUAGACGCAAAUCACGCAUUUGACCAGUACAGGGAACUCUAUUUCGAGGGUGGAGUUUCAUCGGUGUACCUCUGGGAUUUGGAUCAUGGAUUUGCUGGAGUUAUAUUAAUAAAAAAAGCUGGCGAUGGCUCUCAGAAGAUCAAAGGCUGUUGGGACUCUAUACACGUUGUUGAGAUACAGGAGAAGACAACUGGUAGAAACGCUCAUUAUAAGUUAACGUCAACUGCGAUGCUGUGGCUCCAGACGAAUAAACAUGGAUCGGGGACUAUGAAUCUUGGUGGCAGUCUUACACGACAGGUCGAACAAGACUGGCCAAUAUCUGACACAUCCCCACACAUUGCAAAUAUCGGUCGUAUGGUGGAGGACAUGGAAAAUAAAAUUCGUAACACGCUGAAUGAAAUAUAUUUUGGCAAAACGAAAGACAUUGUCAAUGGCCUGAGGUCUGUGCAAUCACUUGCAGAUCAGAGACAGCAGGCUGCACUGAGACAAGACCUUGCUGCUGCAUUACAGAGGCGAAAUGCUAACAAUUGAUCUCACGAUAAUCACGAGAGCUUUCAAUACCAUUGUGAUUAGAAAAUGAUGAAAAGAAAAAAAAAUGCAGAAAUUAAUGUGAAGUGACGAGAGAGCGUAAAACAUUGAAGAUAACUGGCAUAACAAAACAAUACAGACAUUAAAUACAGGUGGAAAUAUCACAAGUUGCAUUGGAUUAACACAGACACAGACUUGAAAACAUCGGGUGGACUCGAUUACAAUUGGUACCCAUUCAGUUGCGACAAUUUGUUAUUAUUCUCUAGAUUUAAAAUAAUGCAGGGAAUUUAUUAUGGGGUUACUUGAAGAGGACACUUACGUUAAUUGUUUGUUUUCAAAGUAUUUGAAGGAUCGAUUAAACGAGACAAGUACGAAAAUCAUAACUGCAUAAUUGGUAUUUGAGUAUGAAUAGGUGUUGAAGGGCAGCCAACGAUGGAGAUGUAUUUGUAUAAAUAAAUUUCGUCUUGUUAUAAAGUCCAACGUUUGAGUACAAGUUUUCAUUAUUUUUUUCUGUUUACUGCAGAAUUCUUUGGAUUCUCAUUGCUGAAUAAUAACAAAAUAUUGAAAUUAUUUGUGUCAUUAAUAGGGGGAAGACUUCCAGCAAAAAAUAUCCUCUUAAGGAGCUCCUUAAAAGGUGCCUUGGGGUUUUCUACGUCGUUUCUCGCUGUUAAUUAAUUAUUAGAAUUUUCAGUAUUUCUCUGUUCAACAAGAAAACAUAUACCACUGUGAUUUGGCAUUAUCUAUUCAAAAUCAUAGGCUCCGGAGACUGAUAUUUUGCAUUAUUGAGUAUCAUUUCUCCCCUCAUGGAACAAUUUCAAUAUUAUACAUAAUAUCCAAUUGAGAAGAAAACUAUCACUUGUUAAAAGUUUUUAUCAUACAAUAAUUAAGAGUCAAAUGUGUUUUCACUUACCAUGUAAAAACAUAAUGUAGAUAAAAAUUUAUAAAGUAAUCUAAUGUCAAUCGAAAUUCAUCUGUUGUUAUCUUUUAUUCAUUCGUUUCAAUUGUACCUGAAAUUCAUUCGCCAGAAUGCAGAUGUGAAACUAUUGUUCUGUAAUCCAAGACAAGUCAUUAAAAAUGUGGGAUUUUAUCGAAUUGAAUGCAUGAAGAUUAGUAUUCUUAGAAAGCGUUUUAUUUCAUUUUUUUUCUGUUAUAUUUUCAAAAUUUUCGUAGUACCUUUCUGUGACAGUUCUAAUUAUACCCACGCAUACAUAUAUAUCUUGUAUUUUAUUCCAUUUUUUUGUAUUUUUUUUUCAUAUUUCUCUAUAUAAUUUUUUCAAUAUUUCAGGCUGCGUGAAUUUGAAUUCUGAAUAUGACUGGUAAAUGAAAAAUUGAUCAAGGAUAAAGAAAAUAAUGAGAUAAUUCUAAUGAUCUUGUAAUGCAUACUGCAGGUAUUCAUUGAGUUUUAUUUUAUUGUUCAUAUGAAUUCUCAUUUUUUACUUGGUCCUCUUCCCAAGUUCAUCUACACUUGCAUUUGCAAUCACUGAAGAAUAAAAAAAGAAAAUAACUUGAGGUAUUGAAAAAGAGUUCUGUAUUAAAAGUAUUUCGAAAUAUUUGCACUGCCAAAUCUUGGAAAGAGAACUGUGCCAGCCUUUAAUACCCAGUCUUAUGUCCCCAUCUACCCAAUUGGGUUCAGGUAUCUCUAUAUUGUUUUAUUCAGAAUCCUUUCCGUAGUUUCACUUCAUUCAAGAGAGAAGGCAAAGUGACACGUGUUAAAUGUUUAUUCAUGUUCACUGUAUUUUCAGUGAAUCAAGUGGAUGUUAAAUAAUUAGUAGAGAGAUCUUUCUCACUGGAAUUCCCGACAGUUUGGUUACAUUUACGCUUGAGAAAGAUGCGAUCACUCAAAUUAAAAAUUCAUCAACUGUGAUUAUAGGCCAAGAGAAAUAUCAAAA